ACAUUUUGUUUGACACUCUUGAGUUACAAGAGAACGGCUUGUUUUCCCUUGUGUUUGGUUUUUGGGUUUUUGGAUGAGAAAAUAUUAGUUAUUUAGGUAUUACCGUUAUUUAUUUCAAGUUUAUGUUUAAUCAAUUAAAAAACAUUUAGUGUUUUAGUUAUUUGGCAACAUGGCUAGUCCAUCGCCACAAAAUAGCCCGAUGCCUCCACCACAGGCGCCCAGCCCUAUGGGACCACCGCCACCUUCUCAAAGUCCUGCUCCACCUUCACCUGCACCACAAAGUCCUUACCCACAGGGAACGGCACCUCAACAAGGACCUCCAUCAGGUCAUCAACCUUAUCCUGGAUAUCCAGCACAUGGCCCACAGCCAGGCGGACCAGAAGGUCCUCCUCAACACGGACCUUCACAUAAUAUGCAGGGGCCACCUAGUGCACAAGGAUAUCCUCCUCAGCAGACACAUCAAGGUUGGCCUCAACAUCCAGGUCAUUCAGUUCAAAAUGGUCCUCCAAGUCAUCCACAGCAUCCUCAGCAUCCACCUCAAAACCACCCUCCACCUCACCAGAUUGUCCCUCCUCAGUCUCAUCCCGGGCAAACUUUUCCGCCCCACAACCAAGGCCCACCGGGACAGCAUCCGGUUCCGCAACACGGAAUGCCACCUCACCCCGGACCGCAGCAACACGCUGGCGGGCCGCCUCCGCACGGCGCUGCUCCUCAACAUCCCGGACCGCAGGCUGGUGGUCCCCCCCACGGGGCACCACCUGGCGGUCCCGUACCGCAGCACGGAAUGGCUCAGGGUCCCUAUCCUAACCAUCCUGGUUAUGCACCAACGAGACAGAAUCCAUCUCCUGGUCCUCAACCUGCACCAGGCCAACCCCCACAACCCAAUAGACCAGGAGCUCCAACAUCGGAAAACUUACACGCCUUACAGAAAGCCAUUGAUACAAUGGAAGAAAAGGGAAUGCAAGAUGAUCAAAGAUAUUCCCAGCUAUUAGCCUUGCGUGCUAGAACAACUCAAGCGCAAGCCAACUCCAUUCUUUCAACUAUCCAAAUGACUCAGUUACGGAAUCAGAUAAUGGCUUAUAGGUUUUUAGCUAGAAAUCAGCCUGUACCGCAUCAAAUUUUAAUGGGUUUACAGGGUAAAAGACCGGACGGCACUCCACAAUUUCCAACUCCACCGUCGAGUCCAUUCCAGCAACCUCCAGGAGAUCAACCAGCAGCCGCAGCUGAUCCAGCUGCUCAAGCGGACCCUAAUAAGCAAGGAGCCUCUCAACAAAGAGGUCCCGGUAGUCAACUUGUUCCGUCAAAGACCAGGGUAACCACAAUGCCAAAACCAUGCGGUAUCGAUCCGAUUAUUCUGCUACAAGAGCGAGAAAAUAGGGUGGCGGCCAGGAUUGCUGCAAGAAUUGAACAAGUUAGUAAUCUGCCAUCAGAUAUCAGCGACAAACUCCGUAUGCAAGCCCAAAUAGAACUGCGAGCUUUGAGGUGCCUUAAUUUCCAAAGACAGUUGAGAAAUGAAAUUCUGAGCUGUAUCAGAAGGGAUACUACACUCGAGACCGCUGUUAACAUUAAAGCCUACAAGAGAACCAAACGCCAGGGUCUUAGGGAAGCUAGAGCGACGGAAAAAUUGGAAAAACAACAAAAACUCGAAGCCGAACGUAAACGCAGACAGAAGAAUCAAGAAUUUCUUAAUUCUGUUCUGCAGCAUGCAAAAGAUUUCAAGGAAUAUCACAAGGCCACACAGGCUAAAAUUGCUAAAGUUAACAAGGCUAUUCUUAAUUACCACGCGAACGCCGAGAGGGAGCAAAAGAAAGAACAAGAGAGGAUAGAAAAAGAGCGUAUGAGAAGACUGAUGGCCGAGGAUGAAGAGGGUUACAGAAAACUUAUCGAUCAAAAGAAAGACAAGAGAUUGGCUUUCCUUCUUUCGCAAACUGACGAAUAUAUCGCCAGCUUGACCGAAAUGGUGAGACAGCAUAAAGAAGAGCAAGCCUAUAAGAAGAAAGAAGAGGAAAGACGCAAGAAGAGGCAACAACGCAUGCAAGAGCCUGAUAGAAAGGUUACUGUUUUUGAAACUGCGACUGGCAAAAAACUCAAAGGAGAAAAUGCACCGACAUACAGGGAGCUACCAGAAUGGUUAAAAGCUCAUCCAGGGUGGGAAAUGGUUGAUUCAGAUGAUGAAGAUGAAGAUGAUGAAUAUAAGGACUCUAAAGAUGAUGUUGAUGAGAACGAAGUUAAGAAGAUUAUUAAAAAGGCGAAAACCGAAGACGACGAGUAUCAAAGAAACGCUAAAGAAGAGCAAACUUAUUACUCUAUCGCUCACACCGUUCACGAAAUCGUUACUGAGCAAGCUACAAUAUUGGUCAAUGGACAGCUAAAGGAAUAUCAAGUUAAGGGAUUGGAAUGGAUGGUGUCCUUAUACAAUAAUAACCUUAACGGAAUAUUGGCCGAUGAAAUGGGUUUAGGAAAAACUAUCCAAACUAUCGCCCUUAUAACAUACCUAAUGGAGAAGAAGAAAGUUAAUGGACCAUAUUUAAUUAUCGUUCCUUUAUCCACCAUAUCUAAUUGGAUGUUGGAAUUUGAAAAGUGGGCUCCUUCAUGUCAGGUUAUCUCAUACAAAGGCUCACCCGCUGCAAGAAGAACAAUUCAGACCCAAAUGAGAGCGGCGAAGUUCAACGUUUUGUUAACAACGUAUGAAUAUAUCAUUAAAGAUAAAGGGGUUUUGUCCAAAGUUCCAUUUAAAUACAUGAUUAUUGAUGAGGGUCACAGAAUGAAGAACCACCAUUGCAAGCUGACGCAAGUACUAAAUACGCAUUAUUUAGCUCCGCACAGGCUGCUUUUGACAGGUACUCCGCUACAAAAUAAACUGCCCGAGUUGUGGGCCUUGCUGAACUUUUUACUUCCUUCAAUUUUCAAGAGCUGUUCAACGUUUGAGCAGUGGUUUAAUGCUCCUUUUGCAACGACAGGCGAAAAGGUUGAGUUGAACGAGGAAGAGACUAUUUUGAUUAUUCGACGUUUGCAUAAAGUUUUGCGACCUUUCUUACUAAGGCGUCUUAAGAAAGAGGUAGAAUCUCAACUACCCGACAAAGUGGAAUAUAUUAUUAAGUGCGACAUGUCGGGGCUGCAAAAAGUUUUAUAUCAACACAUGCAGAGUAAGGGAGUGCUGCUUACAGAUGGUUCUGAAAGAGGCCACGCCGCUAGAGGAAAAGGUGGCGCUAAGGCUCUAAUGAAUACAAUCGUACAACUAAGAAAACUAUGCAACCAUCCAUUUAUGUUCCAAAACAUUGAAGAGAAGUACUGUGAGCAUGUUGGUAUUCCUGGUGGUAUUAUGAGUGGAGCAGACACUUACAGGGCCUCUGGUAAAUUCGAAUUACUGGAUCGUAUUUUGCCAAAACUGAAGGCGACAAAUCACAGAGUGUUACUUUUCUGUCAGAUGACGCAACUGAUGACAAUUAUGGAGGAUUAUCUUAAUUGGAGAGGUUUCAAAUACCUACGGUUGGAUGGUACUAUUAAAGCGGAGGACAGGGGUGAUCUUUUAAAGAGGUUCAAUGAUAAGAACAGUGAAUAUUUCUUAUUUUUGCUGUCCACCAGAGCUGGUGGUUUAGGUCUAAAUUUACAGACCGCCGAUACCGUUGUUAUAUUCGAUUCUGACUGGAAUCCACAUCAGGAUUUGCAAGCGCAAGAUCGUGCUCAUCGUAUCGGGCAACAGAACGAGGUUAGGGUGUUGCGUUUGAUGACAGUUAACUCGGUGGAAGAGCGAAUUCUAGCCGCGGCUAAAUACAAACUUACUAUGGACGAAAAAGUUAUCCAGGCUGGUAUGUUCGAUCAAAAGUCAACGGGGUCUGAGCGACAGCAAUUCCUUCAUGCAAUUUUACACAAUGAUGGAACUGAAGAAGAGGAAGAGAAUGAGGUUCCAGACGACGAAACCGUAAAUCAAAUGGUGGCCAGAAACGAGGACGAAUUUCAACUUUUCCAAAAGAUGGACACCGAAAGAAGAGUCGAAGAAGAAAAAAUUGGAAUGCUUAACAGGCUCAUUCAAGAGGAAGAAUUGCCCGAUUGGUUAGUUAAGGACGUUGACGAAGUGGAUACAUGGAAAUACGAAGAUGAAAACGACACAAUAUUGGGUAGAGGUACCAGACAAAGGAAAGAAGUCGAUUAUGCGGACAGUCUCACAGAAAAAGAAUGGCUAAAAGCUAUUGACGAAGACGGUGAUUAUGACGAUGACGAAGAGGAAGAAGAAAAAGCUAAAAAAGGAAAAAGGGGAAGGAAACGCAGGAAGAAGGACGAGUCUGAUGAAGACGAGACGCCGCAAAAAAGAAAAAGAAAGAACGCUGGCAACAAUAGCGAGGCUAGAUUGAAGAAGAAAAUGAAAAAACUAUUAACAAUUAUUGUUAAUUAUACUGACAGGGAUGAAAGACAACUCAGUGAACAAUUUAUGAGAUUGCCAAAUAAAAAGGAAUACCCUGAAUACUACUCUGUCAUUAAGAAACCGAUCGACAUUAGCAAAAUCCUGAAUUAUAUUGAAGAUGGAAAGUAUUCCGACUUCAACGAUCUGGAGCGAGAUUUUAUGUUGUUAUGUCAAAAUGCACAGAUAUUUAAUGAAGAAGCAUCCCUAAUUUAUGAGGACAGUAUAGUACUACAAUCAGUCUUUUCCAAUGCUAGACAGAAGAUUGAAGGUGACGAUUCGGACGAUGACGAAGCUAAAAAUGAUUCCGAUGAAGAACAGCCGAAAAAGAAGAAAGAAAAGGAACCAAAAGAAAAGAGAAAGAGGGGUAGACCAAAACGUUCCGUUAAGAAGUACAUAUCCGAGGAAGAGGAUGAUGAUUAGAAGAAGAGGACGAGAAAGAAAAAGUAACAUUUAUUUAGGAAAAACAUAUUGCAAAUAAUAUUUCUUUUAUGAGUUUUUUUUUAUGAAUUGAAUAUAGUUAGUUAGCGAUAAAGUUAGGAAUAACCUUAGCAAAGGGCUCUUCUCAUUCUUUUUUCUCAUUAAUAUAUUGGUAUUGAGUAAUCAGUUUAUCAAAUUUUACUUUAAUUCAUUACUAAAUAACUGUAACAUGACUAUAACAUCAAAUAAAAAAAAUUGCGGUGAAUCUAAAAGAAACAGUUAUUAAUGUUGUAAAUCGAGGGAAAUACAAGACCGACAAUUGCGACGUAAAAGUUUGACACGUUAUUCACGGAAAGUGGACGAUCAUUCUCAACUCAGUUUCAGUGACAGUUCUUGUAUAGAGACGAUGCACAUAGAUUUCUAAGCGGUUUUUGGUUGGGAAUGUUUUUAUUCGGGAAAUACAUGCGAAACCGAUAUAUAAAUAUGCUAGACUGAGAAGAUUCAUGGUUGUACAACUAAAAACAUAAUACGUGAUUAUUAGUCUUUGGCAUGUCUUUACAUUAGUUAAAAAAGGUAGAAAAAAGACUCAAAGUCUCUUUUCUACCUUUUUUAAUUUGAACCAGGUCUCUUUGAGAAAAAUGGAUGCCUUUUUUAAAUUUACAUUAGUUGCUUAUACGUCAGUUGCCUUUAAGUUUUUACAAAAAGGCGAAACGGAAACGAACAAGUUCGAAACAAAGUAUUUUAUUGCUUUUUGAAAUAUUCGCCCUUAAGAUCUAUAGAUUUUUGCUUACGCUCAAAUCAAUUCUGGAAACAUUUUUUUCCACUCUGAAGCUGAUAUCGUAGAAACAUGGUUUUGAAAAUCUUCAACAGCUUCUUGAAAUGAUGAAAAUCGCUGUCCGCACAUCUUUUGUUUGACAGUGGGGAACAAGAAAAAGUUAUUAGGCGAUAAAUCAGGUGAAUACGGGCAAUGAGAUGUUUUAAUUAAAAUUUUAAUUCGAUGUUUUUCUCCUUCAAAUAUUCAGUUGUUUGACGUGCCUUAUGGGAGCUGGCAUUGUCGUGAUGAACAAUGGUGCGACGUUUUUUGUUCUUUUCCCUUAUUUCAUCGAAGACCGUUGGCAAACAAAUUGUUGUAUACCAUCGGCAUUAACAGUUCUUCGAUCCUCUAAUGGAAUGGUUGCGACGUGUCCA